CAGCUGACAUUGACAGUUGCGUGGAACAGCUGCUUUGUUGUAAAAUAAUCACCUUCGAAUAUUUUAUCAACUAACGACUUCUCCUAUCAUUAGCAAUGAAGGUUUGAGUAUCGUGCGCGCGAUGGACGACACAGAGAGCACCACCACAUCGGCUGACGAGAACACUGGCAACUUGUGCGACAACCCGACACGGGAUACCUUAGCCGAAGGCCUACUAGGCCUCCUGAAGCCAACGGUUGACCAACUAGACGAUAGAGUAAGAGCUACUAGGAUUUCACAACUGGAAUUGAAGCAGCAGAUUGAUUCUUUGAACGAAGAGCUUCAGAAGGUGCGAGAGGCGCUCAACAACCACCCUGAUUUGGACCCUUAUGUUAAGAAAUUGAUCGCCUGCAAACACAAAGUGACUGUUGUACUUAAUGUCUUACAAGCCUCACAAGAUAGACUGAAUGAGAUUAGACGCACAAUUAAUAAAGAAAAAAGUGUUCGUCCUACAGUAAUAUCGGAACCAGUGCCUCAAGAACCUGAGCAAAGCACUAGUGGAGUCAUAUCAGAGAGAGGGAGCAUCAACUGA